CUGUAAUUUGUCCAACAAUUUCCCCGCCAACUGACCCACUGCAUACUGUUGGGGAUAUGAACUUUAUUUAUGGUAGCAGGAUAGAGUUUGCCUGCCACAAUCCAUAUAGAUUAAUUGGAGUGGAAAUUAUUUACUGUAAAGAGGAUGGUGCUUGGACUGAUCCAGUUCCCACCUGUAAAGAGAUUUUAUGUGACACACCAAUUACCGGUGACAAUGUUAAAACAGUCACUGAAGGUAAUACGUUUUGGUUUGGACACAUCAUCACCUUUUCUUGCGAUGAUGGAAUGACGUUGAUUGGCCCGGAUACGAGAGUGUGCCAAUCGGAUGGUACAUGGAGUGGGACAAUAUCAUCUUGUGUCAAAAAGUGUGAUGAUCCAGAACCACCAGAAUUCCCAAGCAGAACCAAUCAAAUACAAAAAUAUUCUCAAGGAUACCUGGAAGAGGUUGAAUAUUACUGCGAUGCUGGUUAUAAUUUACAGGGUAACAGUCGAAUUAAAUGUAUACAAAAUGGUGGAUCUUCGUCUUGGGACUACGGACCUCCCAGUUGUGUUCGAGACGAGAAUGACCAUUCUGCAUAUGAACUAAAAGGCCGCCCGAAUGAUAUUAUCAAUGGAGUUAUGAAUGUGUACCUUUGGUCCACUGUUGUAUUGGAAUGCAAUGUGCCAAGAACAGUCCAAUGGAGAGGAGAAACAAUGUGGUACAAAUCAGAUGGUACAAAAGUCACUGGCAAUCAGAGUUGGGCUG